CAUGAAUUAUGGUUAACAUGCUAGUACCUUCUAAGAGUGUGUGAUGAUGUGAGUGUCACGUCUUGUGUGUGUCUGCAAUGUAGUCAAAAAUUAUGAUUAUGCCUCAGAAUAAAUCUUGAAUUGACUAGGCACAGCAUCAAUAUCUCCUGUUUAUUCGCGUCUUCCGUAUGAGUCAUGAUCAGAAAAAGGGCCGACGCAGGAAGACACUGUCCUCUUAGCGAAUGUUUGGUGCGACCUUUCACGCGAAUGAAAUUGUAGCAAAUAUUUUGUCUUCUUGUCUUGUCUUACAUCCUCUGACCCUUUUUCUAGUAAGGUUAGAUCAGUUUCGGCGUUUUCACAGUCGUGAAUGUUCACCUCUCCGAGGCGAGCAAAUUCCCAUCCCAUCCCAUCAUUCUGAGUCUUACAGUCUUUGUCUUAAGUCUUGUUCAGUCUUGCCAUACAGAUCUUGAUCUUGCUCAGAGUCUUUGUCUUGUCUUGUCACUGUUCAUGCCCUUGUUGGGUCUUGUUGGAAUAAAUAAAUGCGAAUUACUAGGUUCAUGUUGAGACCAAUAGCUUCUAGGCGUAGGUCGUCCAAUGCAUGGUCUAAAAAUCGUUUUGAGAACAAAGUCUUGUCGUUCUUAUCUUUUCUUGCUUAUAAUAAAUUUCAAGCUUGUUGCAUGUUCUUAUAUAUAAGGAAAUGGGUGGCAAAAAAGGAAAAACAUUAUGCGCUCUCCUAGCUGCAUAACAAUUCAUCUCUUCUACUGAAGGGGAGGAGGUUGGUACAAGAAGUUCCACCCAGGUGAAAACUAACUGCCAAGAAUCGGCUUGAAGGAUUCAAGGCCAGGCGGGAAAUAGUGAAUGAAUUCCCACGACUAUGCAGUUGAACUGAGUUCAUCUUCAUCCUGCGUUAAAUGGAAAUCUUCAGAAAACGCAACCAAUUAUCCUACUAAAGUCUAUCGUCUUUUUUGCUCUCCUCAAGAACUUCAUAGAAUGUGCUCGCUGUCAGUCUCCACCGACUGAAAUCAACGUGCUUAGGGUCAAGUGUCAAAAAUGUCCAAGCAAAAAGUCGGAAAAUUGCGUCAGCGACAUGUAUACUGGCAGACAAGAGGAUUUUCCAGAAAUCGAAAGGAAAAGAAAAAGUUUAGCUGCUUGUUUUGAGUACGGCGUUUUAAAACGUAAAGGUCUUGUUCUUGCUAUAGAUACAAGUACUUAAGUGUUUUUUCUGAUCAGAUUCCUUACUGGUACAUAUAUUUCUUUUCGACAAGAUAGCAAACAGAAAAAUGUCAUCCCCGAUGAACGGCCACAGCGAAGCACCGACGGGAGCAGCCAAUGGAGGUAAACUAUUCGAUAAACUGAAAUAACUGAGUUACUGACUGAAAUAAGGGAGGUCGCUCUCACAGGGCUACCCUUCCUUGUUCAGUAUCUCGCUUAUUUUCAGUAGUUACUUGCGUAUUUCAGCUUUUCGAAUACAUGGUCCUGGGAGAAGAUGCUUAUCCUGGGACAUCCUUAUUAUUGUCGUGAGAGCUUCGAGAAUGGUCCUGGUUGAAGAUCCUGCAUAUUCUCGAAGCUCUAACGACGUCUGACCGUCUGAAGUAAAAGAUGUUUGUAGACAUGGAUGACGUUCUCUGUACUAUUCAUACUUACUCUACUAGCUACGACGUAUUUGACAAUUGACAUAGUUGUACAUGAUCCUAAACAUUUGGCCUACCCCCUUCAUCAAAAAAACUAAAGGUGGUUCUCCUUCUCCCGCGGCGCACCUGAGUCCAGCGCGUAGUCCGCAAUUAAAAGUGGGAACUUCUGCCGCCGGUCCUUCAAGUGGAUCACCAAAGCGAUCACAGCCCAGUUCCCCAGCCUUCCUUAUGGCUACAGGAGCAUUUUCAUCUUCCCCAGGAACAUUUUGAUCCUCCCAAAAAAGGAACUAAAACGGGCAUCAAGAUGCUCCUGCAGAUCAUGGGUUUGUUGUAACUCUAACCUCCGCGAGAGAUCACCACGAAGAGAGGGCGCUGUUAGCCCCUUGCCGAACUCACCUAGUAAUCGAAGAAUGUCCAUACCCCCAGAACAAGGAGAGCAACAACUACAGGUACUACUACUACUAGUACCCCCAGAGCAAGUAGAGCAGCAACUACAGGUGCGUGUACUUGUACAUCAGUUUGGAUCAAAUGCUGCUGCUUGUUUAAUACUCCUUAGUAAUUGGAACAAGUAGACGAGAAGUAAUUGGUCACAGGUAAGUACAACUGUGGAUCUUCGUAGACAUGAUCUGUGAUGUCUUUGGAUUCCUCAAAAAUUACUGUUCUUCUAGAUGGACGUAGAAGAUGCUGCUGCUGGCCAACCCGAAGAACCUUUUCCAGAGAUCCUCGAUGAAUUUGCAGUAGAAGAAGCGGAAGGAGCAGCACCUCCGGAGGGAGCGGAAGGAGCAGCACCUCCGGACGGAGCGGAAGCAGCAGCACCUCCCGAAGGUGCGGAAGGAGCAGAUGCUGCUAUGGAAGGUGCUGAGGGAGCAGCAAAAGAAGAAGCAGCACCAGCAGCGCCGCCAGAACCGAUAAAGCCAGCGCAUAUCUACCAAACGAUAGAUGAUUAUGGCUUUGCAUUCUGACUACACUAACUCACUUUCUUCACUACAGUGGUCCCCUCUAGUAUUUUCAAGUCACUCCUGUUUCAGAACAAGGGGACGACGAGUACUACAACUUUAUAUCAAACACAAAUAACGAGUACUACUUAGAUUACUCUAUACUCUCACUACUCAUCUAUGUUGACGCACUAAGAGAACGGGAAGGUGUAUUGCUUUGCAGAAAAAGACGACGACGGCAGACCCAUCUGGCACUAUCAAGAUGAAGGCGGCCCAGAAAUGAAAGAGUACUUGAAUUUAGAUUGUAGAUCUUCAGAUGCUAUCAAAUUCAGCAUCGUCUCUACUUGAUAUCAAUAAAGUACAACAAACUGCAGCUAUAAUUGCUCUGACAUCAUCUUAAUAUCUUUACAUCGAAACGAACUUCAACUUAGACUUACAACUUAUGAAAAAGCAAGCAGGACUCCACGAGAUCUUUCUACAAGAAGAAAAAAAACACAACUCCUCCAACAGUCUCUAUUAUUGCCAAGUGGUGUUGAAAAGCCAUGUGGAGGCAAAGGAUGAGCAAGGCAACGCCAUUGGUGCCGACACGGACCCAGGUAACUGGAUCAAGAUGCUGAACCAGGACUUGCCGCUCUUGCAGCAGACCCUUGGGAUUGAAAUACCUGGGUUAAGGCUAAUUUUCUUGCGGUUUUAUUAUCAAAAUCUAUCUAGAUCUACAUUUUGAGUAUGGCAGAAUUUCCUAGGAAAGAAGGUUUUAUUUUCUCUCUCUCUCUCUGGUGGAAUAACAAGACUUUCUGUUCGUCUAAGUAGCGUUCACAAGAUUAUCAAAAUCUACAUGUUGAGAACGCAUAGGCCAACUACAUGGGGUUCUUUUCUUUAUAGAAUUUUCUCUCAUUUUCAUCCACAACUUCAGUUUCAGUAUGCGAAUUAGAUUAGGGUACUAGGGACGGCCAAGUUAAUGGAUCAUAGUGGUCUGAAGGCAGGCUUCUUCAUGCUUGUUGCUCUAAUCAACGCCGAAAACGAGACGGCAAUUCCAGGACAGCCCAUCAAACAGCAGAUAGCCCUCUUCGCUUUCGACGAACCAAACGAUUUCAUGGAAAUCAAUAGGCCUGAUGCGAAGGUACUACUACUAUCAGUUACAACUAUACUUUUCAUUUUCUCACAGACUACUUGUAGUUCUAGUUCUUGUAGUUGCAUUUGCAUAUCAUGAAGUUGUUGUACUUCGUCUUCCUUCUCCUGAUGUUGGCCUUGGCAGUUUAGGUUAUAGGGUAAGUUUCUUUUUUGGGUACUGCGUCCGAUCUCUCAUAACUCCAGAAAAUCGCAUCGCGACUAGCAAAGGGAGACAGAAGAUGGGCCGUUGUCAGCGACAUGUUUGAGGAGGACCGGGAUUUCCUAGUAAAACGAUUCCGCCACAUCAUGCACCGUGACAUUCGGGAUUGGCUCAAAGCUUUGUUGGCAGAUGGGGAGAAACAAAAUUUGGUAUUUCUAUUGACGACUUUCAACCUUUGCUUGUAGUAAACAUAUAUUUCUUCAUGGAGUCGUACGCGGCGUACCACGACACAAGCACAACAUCAUUAUUCGUGAUGAUCCAUAUACCACGAACCACAACCAUGCCUAGUUUAUUACAAUAUUUGUCCUUUGUUCUCCUUCUCUCCUCAACCUCCGCUUCCCGCUCUGUCCAGUUAUAUCGCACUCCGGGGGCCGAGUUUAAGAAGCGAUUUCAGUUGGACACAGAAAAGCACAAAUUCCCGAACUGCCCAAUAUUUCUGAAGUCCCAGAUGACCGAGAUGUUUCAAUCUCAGGAUGCUAUAUCCGACUUCCUCCUAGACUGCGACACCGGAACCGAAAAAUCUUUCGUCGUCAUCAUAAAGCCAGAUGCCUGGACAGCAUACUUGACGAAGUGUGGGUACUUCUACUUGUACUUGCUUCAUCUAAGUAUUAACGAAAGAGCUAAAAUAUUUCAUCUGGACUAGAACAACUUUAGUAGUAUAGAAUACACUAUAGAACGGAUGUAGGAUGGACUUGGAUGGAUCGGAUGGACCCCCCUAAAUCUUGCGAUCCUACUUGAAAUGAUGGGAAGGCCAUCCGAUCCAUCCGAUCCGUCUCAUUCUGGAUCUGACACCCCUCGAAAUUAUUCUGGUAGUAUGAUCAGUCUCCUUGUAAUUUCGUCUGAGUUCCGACGCUUCUGCCGUAGUCUUUCUUCAAACGACCUCAUCCACCAAUCUCCACUUCCAAUUGAAACAGCGUAAUGGAGUUCUCGCAAAAGGUGCGAACCGAGCAUGACGUAA